AAGCGGUAAGCUAACGGCGACGGGCUGCAUUGGCAAGAAAUUAAAUGUAUCUAGUGCAAACUGGUUGAGGCAUAUUGAUUUCGCACAUUACUUUACACCGUGGCAAUUCAUCUUCAAUAUGCGUUUAGGCUUUCUACGAGCGGAAAGCUAGCGCAAACUGCAAUCAAGCAAAACAACAAUCAUUCGUCGUUCAUCGCUAGUAAACUUCAAACUAAUCGUUCAGAAGUGGAAUCAAUUCUAUAAGGUGUAAAAUUCCGUGGUCUAUUAAGGUCCACCUUGACGAACUGAAGAAAGCAACAAUAGUGCGAAAUAGUGUGCCGUUGUGGCGAGUCGAUCCGUUAACCCUCACCAUACUCUUCGCGUUGGUCUGCAAUGAAUGUGGAAAAUGAUGUCGAAGAGCAGCAGGAUUGUGAGAUGAAAGAAGUUAAAACGAACACUGAUUACGGGAUGCAACUGCUACACAAUACAAAAGGUGUUUUGACAAAAAUAGCCAACUUGUACGCCGAGCGUCUGACUUCUGAUGUCAUACUAGUUGUCGGGGAAAAGCGAUAUGCGGUUCACCGCAUAAUACUUUGCGCCAGCAGCGAUGUCUUCGACGUAAUGUUAAUGAAUGGCAGCUGGCGUGAGUUUAGUGACAAUGUCGUCAAGCUGCAGGAGGAGGAAAGGUGUCAGCUGGUGUUUCCGCAGUUUCUGCGGUACAUGUACCAUGGCGAGAUUAAUGUGUCCGUCGAUACGGCCGUUUAUAUAUUGAAGCUAGCGGACAAAUACAACAUCCGCGAUAUGGCGCAGCUCUGCGUCGAUUAUAUGAAAAAACACAUAACCAAGGCGACGGUGAAGGGGUACUUUGUGGAAUGGCUACACAACUCUCUGCUCAUCUCGUCACAGCGCAAACACCUUGCCACGCUAUUAGAAAACUUCCUAAAAUGGAACCUAGAGUUCGUGCUCUCUUACUCCGGCUGGGAGCACCUCAAUCAAGGUGUUAUGCAGUGGUUGGUGCAGCAAAAUGAUCUGGCUAUCCGGAGUGAGUAUCGGCUUUACGAAAUGGUCGAGAGCUGGUUUCUUUACCAAAAAGCCCUGAUAGAAAGCCGGACGGACCUGCAUCGCGCAAAAAAGGAAGAUGCCAUUCGCAGCAUGGUUUACAGUGUGCUAAUUCACAUACGUUACCCGAUGAUGAGCUUGAUCGAGAUGGCCAAUGUGCUGAUGAGCCCGUGCACGCAAUUCAUGAAAGAAUUUUUCGUGGCUCGCGUUGCCGAUGGAAUGAAUUUUCACUCGGAGCGACUCGAUAUAGUCAACGCAGUGUGCCAAACGGAGGCGGGUGAGCACCAGUUCACGCCACGGCUCUAUACGGCGGACUUUUGGAGUUUGCAGAUUGCUUGUAAUUUUUUUGAAAAGAUGGAAAAGUACUCGAGCAUUGCAUCGGUUUUCUUUUCGCCAAAAACCUUCAUCGAUAAUGAUGAACAAAGUGAUGCAUGGGACGUGGAAUUUUACCCGCUUGGGGUACGUUAUAAGCCGGCGCAACUAAUUGGAGUCUACAGCGCCGCUACUAACCAAGAGAUUCCGGAAAGCAUUAUUCGUACUGUACGGUUAAGAAUUACCAAUCAGGAACCAAUGAACGAGGAACGUCGUUACAUGAUCGGUGUCCUGAUUGCUGGCAUGCAAAAUGAUAUCGAAUACGUCCAUAACUGCCGCGUGCGGAUCGCAUACUUCUCCAGCGACCAGCGGGUGGUAAAUAUCGACAAUUUGGUGCCGUUUGACGAUCUGCAACUCUGCGGUGUCCAUACGCCUAGUUUGUACAUGGUCGGGGAACGGCGCGAUACGUUAAAAAUUCACGUUAUUAUUGUGCCAUUGAACCAGCAUUCGAACGUGUUCAAUCCUACGAUCGAAUAAUUUUUUGUUUCCCUCGUUUUUAUAGGGGUUGUCUCUUUCUUUGCUUUGUCUUGUUUGGGCGUGUUUGACUGGUUUACAGUUAUUUGUAUACGCAUCUAAGUUUCAUUAAAUACACCAUUCAUACAUUACUCAUGUAGUUGCCUACUAACACCGUUGUCGCAUCUAGUCUACAUAAUGUCCAGGCGGUACCUAGUCAAAACAUCUUAAUGCUUAAAAAAGCAAAUGGUUUUUUUUAAAGGCGCUUUCAUUUUGCGCAAUUAUGUUGGUGAUUAUAAAGCAUUUGUUUACAUUUCUUAUUAUAGUUUUUUUGAACAAACCUAGCUAUCCCGAUUAGGUAUGGGCCGGAUGCGGCGGUGCUAGUAGAUAACUGACUUCAAUUUCUUAUUAGUAUAUUUAGUGAUGCGGCUCUUUCGUAGAUUGUCCGUGUAAGCUGCACCGAAUCGUAUAUUUAGUGCAAUGUGAAACAAUUUUGUAUGGAUGGGCUACAACGUUACAUAGCAGAAUUGCUUAGUACUUGUUUACCCUAUUGUUAAGUUCGCCUUAGGCCUCGUCGUGAAAAUUACCUAAGGUUCUGAUUAAGAUAGGAUAUGUUAUGGUAUGAUCACAUAAUUCGGUAUAGCAGAAACAUUGACGUCCAUACACGGCGUUAACUAGUAUGUCGUUUGCGGUACACAUGUGCAACAUUCACAAUUUGAACCUUGUUCAAAGUAGCACAAUUCUUCUUCAAAAUUUAUUGAUUGAUGGAUUGAUUGAUGGAUGUUAACCGAAAAAUCUGAUGUGAUAUAUUAGCGUUUACUGUGUAUUUUUGCAGCAAAGUAUGUUGGUUUUAGUUCAUAUAGAGAAGCAGUUUGUGGUCUGUAAUUGUAUCAAGAGCAAUUUCAAAUCCCGUAAGUUAACUUAAAUUCAAUUGAAUAUACAAAAUUAUCUUGAUAUCUUGAUACGGCAAUUAUUAUAUAAAUGAAAAACACUGCACAACUGUGCUGCGAUAUGUUCUAUUUAUUUUUAAUUGCCCAAAAUCAUAGGUAGCAGUUACAUCAUUAUUGAUUAUGCGCGGUUUAUUAUUAUUAGGUGAUUGAAAGCUACUCCCAAGGCAUUCAAGAAAGGGUGUUGAAUGGUGCCGCUCACAAAAUAGAUCCUUAAGGAUGGUUCGAGGCCACAAACAGUAUGAAAUGUCGCAUUAGAUUAAAACAACAGGGACAUAUGCAGUGCAAUUAGCAAGAAAUUUGGCUAAAUCAUGGACACAAAAGAACCCAUCGUUUAUAUGGGAUUAGUGAUACAAAUUCACCGAACGUUGAUGUCGAGUUGGUGCCAGUUUAAAGAUCAGAGUGCUAUAUGAAAGAGCUGCUCAAUAACUCGAAUUUGUAAAACCAUAAAACCAAACUGUUAGUAGGUCAUUUAAAUCAUCGGUACGGUUGAUCCGUGACCAAAGAAGCAUCCUUUGUUGAAGACUUUUUUCUGUCGAGUUUAAAUUAACUUUACAUCGAUAAAACCGGCAGUAUAAGGCAUCACUAAAACCAGUACCAGUUUUUUGUACAACGUUAAGAAAGAAAUAACUUAAUUUAAA